AUGCUUGAGCCUAAUCUAUUAGUGACAGGAGAUAUACGUUCAUCAAUACCGACCUUUACAGUAGGCGAAAGUGAUUUAUGUGACCCUGUCAACUUUAUCGAGACCCACUUCCAAUCGGCAAAAGAGCAUGGCGCCUUGAAACUCCGACUUCCAUCGAGUACAUCAUCGCAACUCAAUAUCGAUUCAGUGUGGUUUCACACCUCCAAACAAGUGAUCAACCCUCCAGAUGAUGACCUUGCCCUAAGGCUUGACUUUUAUCGCCUGCUAGCUGAUUUUAUAGCAUCCAUGGGUGGCGACUACCAAGCGACUAUUUCGACGAUCCCGAAAUUUGAAAACCGCCAGCUUGAUUUAUACCGACUAUUCAAGCUGGUCCAAACUUGUGGUGGCUUUAUGGUUGUCACAGCAUCUCAUACAUGGCAUAUUGUGGCAAAGCAAUUAGGUUACCGAUUUGUCGACGAGAAUACGAUUAAUGCACUUUACAAUGCUUAUGGGACGAUCCUCCAGCGGUAUGAGUCACACGAACUGAUGCUGACAUCCGAGCCGUCCCCAAAGCGACCGAAAUUAGAGAAAUCAGCUCCAUUGGUUCUUGGAUCGGCACAACCAUUUUGCCAAUCACUCAUAACGCGACUGGCGAAGGGAUUCCUUUUGAAUGCUCAACACCACCUUGACCUUAAGCUUCCAAUCACUAUACAACAGCUGGCGCUGAUACUGCCUCAAUCGCAGAUUCAUCUGAUUAUCAGAACGAUGUUUGAGAACAAGGACGUGCAAUGUGAUGGCGUACCCUUAACACCAACUACAAGUGUUUACUCAUUAUCCCAAUUUGUGGAACGUGAUCGGUCGUUUGCCUGUUACCUUCAGCAAAAGCACCAUGAGGCCUUUACGCACACAUCAAUCAGUGCUAAAGACUUUGAGACACUUUUUUGGAAACUUCUUGAGGGCAAAGAUAACAAAGACAAGGCAUUAGAAGUAGAGCUGGGUAUCGAUUUGAGCACUCGGGUCUACGAAACUCCCUUCUACAACGUCGUCGAUGAUUUGCUAUCAAAAAAGUCUAACAUUGACAAUUCCCCGCCAAUGCGUGAGCUAUUAUCGCCCUGGGCCACUGAAAAUCUUCCUUUUUCACCGAAUCUGUUAUUGGCAACUCUUUCAGAAACUGACGUUACGAACCCGAAUUUGAUUAGACGACGUGGCCAAAUUGGAAUGACUUUCAGUCUUAAGAAUUGGCGCUGCCAGGAGAAUUUUUGCCAAUUGGUUGAUCGCCACAUCCUGGGAGCACCGAAACUUUGGUAUUUCAUUCCUGAAUCGCAAUUUGAGAAAUUUGAAGAUUUAAUUGGCAAAUGUCAGUGUCAUCAUCGUGUGCAUGUCAAUAAUAACCAAUGGAAUGGUGAAAAAUACAAGGAGAAAUUCAAUCAGCUCCAACCAGAUACUAUAUGUCAAUGUCUUCAUCUGAUGGUAGAUACUACUACUGAACCACGUUUGAUUCAACACGCCAUUGAUACUGCAAAACUACAACCGCAUUUGCAUAAUCAGGAACAUGUGAUCACUCCUACCAUGCUUAUUGAAGAGGGUAUCACUUUUACACUGGUUUUACAAUACCCCGGAGAGUACAUAGUCGUACCACCCAAAACCUACGCUUGUACCAUCUCACUAGGACUCAACGUUUCAGAGGAAGUAAAUAUUGCAACCCCUCUGUGGAUCAAUUAUGCCACAGAAGGAGAAAGAUGGAUGACGACGCAGAACCUUAUGCCAACAUUUUCCACUUUCAAAUUGCUUGCCAACAUCCUUAAUCCAACACUGGAAUUGAGGCCGUUUUCUUCGAAGGUUAUUACUAUGGCUUUGCAUCAGUUGCUGGAUUUGAUUGAUAAUGAGCUCAAGCUUCGCCACGAAGCCUUGGGAUUGAUCAAAGAGGCACCUCUUGAUGAGCAGGCCGACGAAGACUUAGCAGAUGACAAUCUCAGUUGGUGUUUCCCGCUGAAAGUUAUUGUCACGCACGAAAACGGAAAGUUUUGCACUCUGUUAUCACAGUAUCUUACACAUUACAGGCAUUGCAAAGCGGAGGUACAAUAUCAUUUUACAGAUGAUAAGUUAAGGGGCUUGCAAAAAGUGCUUGAAGGCGAUACUUUCACUUACCAUAAUUGGGUAGCUGAGUAUAGCAAAGUUUUCGACGAUUAUGAUGCGGUACCUCAUCUCAAAUCUUAUAAGUCUUUGCUUUCGGAUGGCGAAACCAUACUACUGGCACUUUACACGCGCGAGGCAGCGCUUACAGACUCGACCCCAACAUCCCCUGAUUUUGUUCAAUUUUUAAGCAUGGUUAACAACUUACGACAAUUCGUGGCUGCGGCAGAUUCGUUUAUCGACGAAUGUCAAGCUCUUCUUGCCAUUAAGCACUCGCAGAGGGUAAGAAAAGGACUGGAAGUGACGAAAGCAUCUCUAGCGGAAUUGACUCAUUUGGUGCAGAAAGUGGACGAGUUAGACUUCACUCUGACUGAAACUGAGCAGAUUUUGGAUCUUCAAAGAGAAGUGCUCAAUUUUGAUAAAGCUCUGAGAGCUCUUCUAGCUAAACUGCGAUCAACAGAGGUUGAAUUUAAUGACCUCAUCAACCUUGGAGAACUGUUUGGUAUCGAAAUCCCUGCAUUAAAUUUCAUAACUCGCAUAAGAGACCGCAUGAAAUGGCACAAAACAUACAGUGUUUUGGAAAAAGGAGGUGACCCUUAUGCUGAUUCGAAAGAUGUGUUUACGUUAGUUGAUCUUGAGGAGUUUUACAAUGAUGGAUUACGGAUUUUACCACGUCAGGACCAGCAAAUGAUUAAUCGUGUAUCGCAAAUGAUUGCUGAGCUGAAAGCUUACGACGAGGAAGUCAGAAGAAUGCUUGAUGUACAAUUCAUUGAUGAUAUUUCUCCGUCAACUCUUGAUGGUUUAGCCGACCGCUUCCGAUCGGAACGGUUGUUCCUUCAAAGAGAUUCUUAUGACCAACUACUGAGAGUCCACGACUGUCGAAAAUUGAUCAGUAAAGCGCAGAUUCUUUGUGAUGGCUCUAAAACUUUAUUAUUGAGUGAACUUAAGCCACUCUUGUCGGCGAUCAAAGAAACGGAUCUCCCAUUCCGAGCCGCGAGUUUUUCUGGUCCCGCAUCUCAAACCGAAGCGAUAGUGCAAUACUUGGCAACGUCGCUCAGGUCUACGCAAGUGAUAACAACCAUGGACAAGAGUUUGAAGGACAUUAAUGCCAAAGGAGCACACAACGCUCUGCUUGUUCAAAAAUUGUAUCAGUUGUUGUAUAAAGCUGAUUUUAGUUUCUCGAGAUCGGAUGAUUACUUCAAAAGUUCUCUGUAUCAAGAGAUUUCGAGUGAAGAAGUGACUGUUCAGCAACCGAUUUAUUGUACAUGUCGCGAGUUGGAGUUUGGAACAAUGGUUGAAUGCGAGAAGUGUUGCGAGUGGUACCAUGUUCUGUGUGUAAAACUCAGUCGCAGCUCAAAGAAAGCUGUGAAUGACUCAUUUGUAUGCGGCCCUUGUCAACUUUUGGCGACAGGUGAAUUUGAUCAGUAUUUGAAAAAUCAAAUGACAACUGCGGAGUUUUUGGAGCAUGCCAUGAAAAUCGGAAAUUUAGAGGUGAUCCCCCAACCCGAAGUGGAGGCUGUGAAGGAAUUAGUGGAAAAGAUCAAGACAUAUCAUCGUCAACUUGAUUUAGAUUUGUCUGACUUUUUGAAGAGCGACAGACCGAAUCUGUUAAAAUUGGACUAUGUGAGAUUUUUGGUUCGUAAGAUCUACGGCGCUGGAUUGUUGUGGCGAGAGAAUUUGGACGUUUGCUUAAAAGCUUUUGCUGAGUUGAAACCUUUAUGCUCAGAUGUUUUCAAAAAGAAGGUUAUUGCAACUGAGUACACCGGUAAUGUGGACCCCAUUAACGACAUUCACGUGAAAGAUAAAGUGUUAUCUGCGUCGAGCCUUGAGGUUGCUCCAGAAUUGCAUGUUACACAGGUGGACACGGUCAACGAGCUCGAGGUCGCAAACGCUGGAUCAAUGGAUUGCGUCGCUACUAAUGGUCCUUUACUUGAACUGGAUUCAUGUAUGCCACUGUCUCAUGAAAGCGCAGAGGUCACUACUGCCCAGACCAUUGAGUUAAAGAACCCAGUUUCUAUACCCCCAUUGUCAUCUACCACUCAACAAGAUAAGGAUGCUGUCGUUCCAUCAACCAUACUGACGGACAUUUGA